AUGACCUUAUCCCGCACAGAAGGGUACAUAGUGACGGGUCUGGAGCUGCUGGAGCUACGGGUCCCGGCACACGUGCCCUUAGGCACGCGCGCCUCCCUAUCCUGCCGUUGGAAGCUGGGCCCCACAGACGUCCUCUACUCAGUCAAGUGGUACAAAGACGGAAAGGAGUUCUUCCGUCACGUGCCGCGCGACGUCGAACCGCGCAGGAAAUUUCUCCUGCCUGGGGUGGAUGUCGAGCAAUCAAGCCCGAAUGGAUCCAACAUAACGCUGUUCCCAGCGGUAUUGGAGACAGGUGGACGGUACAGAUGCGAAGUGUCCGGCGAGAGGCCGCUUUUCCCGACCGUUUCUGACCACGCCGAUAUGAUAAUAGUGGCCCUGCCCGAUCACGGCCCGACGAUCACGGGGUCCAGACUGCGGUACCAGAUCGGGGACCGGGUGCAGGUGAACUGCACUUCGGGGCGGUCUCGCCCGGCCACGCGGCUCGCCUGGUAUAUCAACGGCGAGGCGGCCCCAGCGGCGACCGUACUCCCGCCCCUGACCUUCAAGGACGAGGACGGCCUCGAGACCACGAGCCUGGCGCUCGACUUCAAGGUCAAGCCCAAGCACUUCAGAAAGGGAGACCUCAAACUCAAAUGUCUCGCAACGAUAGCGACGGUGUAUUGGCGGAGCAACGAGGAGAGUGUCCAGGGCGAAAGGCUGAAGGGGUACUCAAGAUCGAGGGAUUUCAACGAGGGUGCGUCUAGAGCAGACCGCGUGCAAGCAGCUGGGUCGUCUACGCUACAAGAUCGUAACAAACACACCCUUCAUCUCAUAGCAACGUGUAUAGCAACACUGAAAAUUCUGAAGAGCAUUCUGAACGAGAAU